AUGCGAGCAGAGAUCGCAGCCUUCCAGGAACAGGCUAGGAUUGAUUGGGAACAACAAAGAAUUGAUAGGGAAACAAACCUCGUUUCGCAACAGAGAUUGCAGGAGCUGGAAGAUGAAAACACUGCGUUGGCCCGAGCACUGGAUAUAAGGCACCAGCAUAACGAGGCCCUCAACCAAGCCCUAGCGAGAACAUCCCAGGUAGUGACAGACGUAAAUGCUGCCCCAGUAACUGGAGGCACGGGCCUCGCUCCAACCCCUUCCACGAGAAGUGGUCACCGGAUAAUCCAGGUACCGGUAGACUUAUACCCAGAAGAUCUGAGGCAUUUGCCACCACCGUCAUUGCCACAGCUAUCUCAAAGUGACCCACCGGUAACUGAUCCAAACACGGCAUUACACUUACAAAUGAGCAACUCCUUGCAUGCCCUGCGGGCAAGGGUAGAGGCAGCAGAGAAUAGGGACACCUGGCCGCCCCUGACCACUUACGAGGACCGUUCGAGUCCUUUCACCCAACAGGUUAGAAGCGCUAUUCGAACAAACAUAUCAAAGCCACUGAAGAUUGACUAUAAGGGAAUUGGGGACCCGUACCAGCACCUACAGGAUUUCCGUUCACAAACAAGCGCCAAGGGAUACACGGACGAGGUGUGUUGUAAUAUGUUCCAGGAGACAUUAUCAGGGAAAGUUUUGAGUUGGUUCUACGAACUGCCGGCUGGUUAUGUAGGGAAUUUCAAGGAGCUCGCGGACAAGUUUGUAGCUCGAUUCAUCUUACGUACUGAUGGGAUACAUACCUCGAAGGGGCUGCUAAAGAUUCAACAGGGGGAGAAUGAAACUUUGAAGUCCUUCAUUAACCGAUGGCAGGCAGCUACCGCUAAGUGCCGGGACCUUAACAAAGAACUGGCUAAGCUGGCUUUCAGGAGGGCUUAA